AUGGAGGAGGAUCGUGUUGCUGAUCGGCUGGACGAGGCCUUCAACAUUCAAUCUCAGGAGCGGGCCGAUCUCUUGUCUGAACUUAGAGACGCAGUUGGACAGGAUGCUGUCAAGGCAGCGAUGUGGGCAUGUCUGCAGGUAUGCGAUAUCUCGAAGUUACGCGAACUUGUGGGGUACGCGCGAGGCUGCCCUUCCACAUUCGCCCUCCUUGAAUACCCCUCUCUAUCCAUACCUUUACAUUGGAUGCAACGACCUCUUCGUGAUCGGGCAACAUCAUUGACAACCUCAAACUCUCCGGCCACUCCAUCUGAUGGCACCUUGCGUCGAAGCAAUCGACUCAAAAAACCUGUAAAACUCGCAAAAGAACGCGAUGGAUACAAGUGUGUUCUCACAAAUAUAACUUUAUGUGAGGCGGCACAUAUCUUUCCGCACUGCAUGAUCAACGAGACACCGCCGCAGACUAGCCUUGCUGCUGCAGUCCCCCCAUUUUGGAAGCUCCUCCAUUUCUUUUUUGAGCCGGACCGGUUGAAUCGAUGGCGCGCAGAAAUAUUCAAAGACCCUUCCAAUCCAACCCAGACUGCCGAUGGCUGUCAUAACAUGAUCUGCCUAAGUCCCAUUGCACACGAAAUGUGGUCAAGAGGCCAAUUCGCGCUGCGACCAGUUUCCAUGUCUGACGACUGCAAGGAACUUACUGUUAAAUUUUAUUGGCAGCCUAAGCCGCCCCAUGACCGUUUUGCUUCUGUAAACAUCCAAAUGGCCCCCAAUUCAUCCAGAGAUCUUGUUCAAGUCAAUGGAAGCCAACUAGCAAUAUUCAACAAUACGGACUCUCAACCAGCCAUCAAGUCUGGCGAUACCUUUAUCUUUCGGACUACCAACCCGGACACCCACCCCCUCCCGAGUUUUGAAUUACUCGAUAUGCAAUGGUGUCUUCAGCGAAUUGUAUCGAUGUCUGGUGCAGCGGGCGUCUAUGAUGAGGAAGAUGACGACGAUGACAACGAUGAUGACAGUAAAUGGCAUAAGGGGGUCGUCCACAAGUCCAUCUCGGAGUGGGACAUUUAUUCGUGGGUGCCUCCCCCACCGUCUGACUCAGCUUCUUCUGAGGGAGAUGAGCUAGAUUCAUCGACUACUUCAUCUAUUUCACCUACCUCGUCCCCUCUGAAGCCCCUAGCGCCCCAGGGAAAAAAUUUGUCUGUUGAGACACGUGGAGCUGAGCCAACUGUUUCUUGUGAUGCACUUCAUGAGCUUGCAACAGUGUGA